AUGUUCCAGAUCCAGCGUUCCAGGAAGUUUGACGAGGCGCGCUCUCGCUUCUACGCUGCCGAGGUCACAUCUGCCCUCAUGUUCCUUCACCAACAUGGUGUAAUCUACAGGUAACACACACACACACACACAAAUACACACAUAUACACACACACACAUACACACACACAUAUAUAUAUACACACACACAUACACACACACACACACACACACACACACACACACACACACACACACACACACACACACACACACACACACUAGCCUGUUAGUGGUAACGCCUAAUAACAUUGUAUACAGAAAGACUUAACCCGACUUUAAGGCUCUAACCUUCACCAUGUCAUACUAGCCUGGUUAAGGGUUGCAACAUUCUGGUAACAUCCUGGAAUCCUGGAAAUUCUGGAAAAACCCUGGGGAUUUUGGGAAAGUUACUGGAAUUUUGCUACCCUAAACUGGUUACAGAUCAGUUUGUGAUUUUUUAGCUCCCUUGAUCGUAAUUGUUUUGCCAAACUUGACAGACUGAUCUGGGGCCAGGCUUAUAAUGAUAGACCUACAGUAUACCAUAACGCUAUCCCUUUAUGUCAGCAUUCCAAUUCCAAUGCUAUCCCAAUUCUAUUAUAUCACAUUAUAUUCAACCCAGUUGAACUCAACUGGAACUCAUUCUCCUCACUAUUACAGUAAUUGUUCAAUGAUGACUAUUCUGAUAUGGGCUGAUAUCCAGAUACAGUAGCCCAGUCUGUCCCUAGCCCAAGGCCUGUGGGAGGGAGAAGAACAUCUGUGGUUAGACUGGGCCAACACUAACUCACUCUCUCCUCUGUCAGUCAACAUCCCUCCCAGAAGUCACUAUUUUCUACCCCUGACAGUCACAGCAUCAUUGUCAACCAAUAACAACACAGACAGACUAUCAGAAUGCAUCUCCAUGGCAAAUCAUAACAUCAUUGUAACGAGACAGUAGAUUCAAUCCAAAUCUAUUCCCAUUUUGCUCCCCAAAUAAUAAUAAUGUACAGUCCAGAUUUCGGUCUCACGCAAACUUUGAGUGAGGAGAAUCUGACUUGGGAUCAGGGGACUAAUGUAUCAAUCAUCUCAGAGGAGGAAUACUGAUCUGACAUCAGAUCCCCCCUGUCCAUUCAAUCUUAUUCAUUGUGAUCUAAAAGGUACAACUGAUCCUAAACCAGCACUUCUCUGAGAUGCUUGAUACAUACGGCCCCAGGUCUUAGGGAGUCCAAAGCGGAAGACUGAACUGGGUCAAAGUUCUAAUGGGUUUGUGUUGUGUUGUGUGUUGUCUGGGGCCAUGGAGCCUGUGUUUAUACCAGGUUGUUUACUGCCAGUGCUGAUUUAUCCUGUUUCUGGCGCUCUGUUUAUCCUCUCAUCUCACUGUCGUUUACCACACACAAACCCAGACUCCCUCGGGGCUACACAACUAUGUUGCCCCUAUGGACAGUAGUUCCCUUCUGGCAGCUAUCAAUCUCCAACGCUUUGAGUAGACCCAGCUCUAAACAGCCACCACCUACAGUACAUGGGCUUUCUAGGAGUUUCUCUGCCUUCCUCCGAGUGUUCUUGGUGCCCCUCUUGACCUGUGGACCCCUCUACCACCCGUGGUUGGGAGUUGGGAGUUUGAAACCCACCCAGUCCAUUUUCACCUCCACCACCAUGACCUCCUAACAGGAAAAGUCCCAUUUAGAGCUUAAUGUUGUAUUGAAUUAAGGUUUCGUCCACGCCUCUCUUCCUGGAGCUAAAGGAAACAGCCAGGCUCCAAUGGAGCCCCCCCCCCUCACUAGGUAUUGGUCAGUAUACUAGCCCUCUCUGAUUCAGACAAUAAGCACUCAGAGGGAAAUAUACAGUGUUAUGUUUAGUCUGCAACUCCAGGAGUCAUGGUUUAGUAUGCUCUUAGAAUGAGCCACCUGCAUAACAUCAGGCCAACCGACAAACAAUGCUAUGAAUCAGUCUCCUUACACUGAAUGUGCAGUGCAGGUAUUAUUUAGUAUUGGCUAUGAGGUAGCUGAUGCUGUACAACCAAAGCUACCUUGGUUAAUGGGUAGAUUCAUGUCAUUGUGUCACCUACGGUCAUUUUUUUUAUUAAUUUAUUAAUACAAUCCUAAAGUUUUGGAAAGGUCAUGGAAAAUAAUUUCAUAAUUUCUGUUAAUGUAAUUUAUUUAGAAACAGUUUUUAAAUAUUUUAUCAAUCAAAUAAAAAUCAACAUAUCAGCCAGGAUUGGAACUAGACUUUAGGGCGUCUGUGUUUGCGUGCAUCACCUGCAUGUGUGCAAGACGAGUGGGCCGUUGCUCAAGGAGAGAGAGGCAGGUAAGCUUUUAAAAUAUGAUAGAGAACAGACUAAUAACUAGGUAGCCAAUUCAAAACAUAUAUUGUACUCUAAAUAACUGUUUAGCUAUUAUUAGCAUGUAUUAAUGUUUUUGGCAUGUCCUAGCAGACUAAACUCCAGUGGAGUUUAGUCCGCUAGUCAUUUCCCAAAAACCUUUCCACUGACACUAGCGAAUAAGGCCAUACAAAGUUGAUUUACUUUUUUGAAUGAUUCAUAUGAUUCAUUUAGAUGAUUAUUUUUGACAAAAUGAAUGAUUCACUUCAACAUUGUAUUAGUUGGGAUUCGGGUCAAUCGUGGUGAAUCGAAUCAUGUAAAUCAAAAUAAUAAUUUCUGAAUCGCGAACAGUAAUUUUAGUAAAAAAUAUUUGAUGUAGCCUUUCUUUUGCAUUAUGUGGCUUCAAAAAUUGUUUUGUAGAUACUUCCAGUUGAUUUGGGCAUCCAAUGUAUGGGACAUUGCAACUCAAUAGAUGCUAGUCCGCCUGCAAAGUAAACGUCUAAGGUAGCUAAGAUAAAUAUGACUAAACUGAAAAAGGUAAGUUUCCUGAAGAAAAUUUGUGGGCUUGCUUCAGCUGAAUAAAAAAAUGUGUAGCCUACCAUAGCCAUUUGAUCUUUGAUAUAUUGAAUGAGCGGAUUAUUUCAAAAGGCAUAAAACGUAUUUGGUUGUAAUGUAAUUUUUUUUAUAUAUUUUUUUUAUUUAUUUAUUUUUCACCUUUAUUUAACCAGGUAAGCCAGUUGAGAACAGGUUCUCAUUUACAACUGCGACCUGGCCAAGACAAAGCAAAGUAGUGCAAUAAAAACAACAGAGUUACAUAUGGGUAAAAAAAAAAAAAAAAAACAUAAAGUCAGAAAAUACAACAGAAAAAUAUAUAUACAGUGUGUGCAAAUGUAGCAAGUUAUGGAGGUAAGGCAAUAAAUAGGCUAUAGUGCAGAAUAAUUACAAUAGUAUUAACACUGUUGCAAUGUUAUACAUCAAGGCUGGUCAGCCAUCCUCCAGGAGAGCUAAUGGGUGUGCAGGUUUUUAUUCCAGUCCCAUUCUAACAAACCACAUUUUAGAAAUUAGCUGCUCAACCGGACCUUGAUAAACUGUCUCUGAUGUGUUUGAGCAGGGCUUGAUGAAAAGCCUGCACACCCAGUUGCUCUCCAGACUGAGGGUUGACCCCAUGCACUGGCAUAUCGGACACCCCCGCAGCCCCCAAAAGGCGGGGGGGCCCACGAGCUCUGGGGGCCCAUGCUCCUGUCAUUAAUGUCAAUUUUUUUUAAAUGUAAUAAAUCAUUUUCACAGUAACCCUCCAAAAAGUAAUUCAUUUAUAAACCUUUUUAAUUUCCAUAUGUACUAGGAAGCUAAGUAUUUGUUUCUUGGGCUUCAGGAAUGUGACUGAAAAAGUGCCCCAGGUCUUGAAAAAUAAAAUAUUUAACUGGUUGUGUAAGGGGAAUAUCGGCAAACAAAUGCUGUGGUCAAGGCUACGACGGUGCCAGUGCAAUGAGUGGAGCUUACUCAGGUGUUCAAAAGCUUGUAUCAGACGAGAGCCUAAUGCUUCUUAUGUAGGCCUACCAAUAAACAUGUAUCCAUUAUUUAAAGCAAAGCUAAGCCCUGGCACCAUAGAAAGCCUAUCAUCGAUUCGAUAGGCAUGCAACCGCAUAGACAUGUUGCAAUUUCAGCACCAUGGACAGCGAUUGGUAGUCUACUUUGUGAGUGGCUGUCUGGCUGACACAUUCGAUUAAAAUGUUUCGCUCCUACAGACAGUGAGUCACGUGGCCAUGACUUGCAAUAUAAAGCAGGCAGACAUGCAUUGAGGCAUUCAGUUACUGUUCGAUUGAACGUUACAAUGGGCAAAACGAGUGACCUAAGCUACUUUGAGCGUGGUAUGAUCAUUGGUGCCAGGCACACCGGUUCCAGUAUCUCAGAAACGGCCGUCCUUCUGGGAUUUUCAAGCACGACAGUGUCUAGGGUUUACAGAGAAUGGUGUGACAAACAAAAAACAUCCAGUCAGCGGCAGUCCUGUGGCCAAAAACAGCACGUUGAUGAGAGGUCGAAGGAGAAUAGCAAGAAUCGUGCAAGCUAACAGGCGGGCCACAAACAGGCAAAUAAUGGCGCAGUACAACAGUGGUGUGCAGAACGGCAUCUCGGAACGCACAACUUGUCGGUCCUUGUCACAUAUGGGCUAUUAUUGCAGAAGACGACCACCCCGGGUUCCACUCCUAUCAGCUAAAAACAAGAAGAAGCGGCUCCAGUGGGCACACAAUCACCAACACUGGACAAUUGAGGAGUGGACGAAUCCCGGUUCCUGUUGCGUCAUGCUGAUGACAGAGUCAGAAUUUGGUGUAAGCAGCAUGAAUCCAUGGCCCCAUCCUGCCCGGUGACAAUGGUACAGGCUGCUGGUGGUGAUGUAACGGUGUGGGCAAUGUUUUCCUGGCACAUGUUAGGUCGCUUGAUACCAAUUUAGCAACAUUUCCAUUCCCUGAAGAAUUCAGGCUGUUCUGGAGGCCAUGGGGGUCCAACGCAGUACUAGAUGGAUGUACCUAAUAAACUGUGUACAUACAUAGACGCCGCCAAUUGUUGGUAAUGAAAAGUUGUUUAAAAGUCAUGAAAUUCCGUCUGUCAAAAUGUGUAUGAACCGUGAGCUAGGUAGGAAGCAGGCUAGGAAGUGAUCAACCGGUGUGAAUUGUGUGUUGUGUAAAAUCAGAAGAAUAAUAGUUAAUGGAAUGGAAUAAAAGUCUGGCUAUGUACUGUAGCUUGAAGGUUCUCUUUCUCUCUCUUCCUUUCUCUCCCUCACUUUCACUGUCUCUCUCUCCCCCUCUCUCUCUUUCUUUCGCUCUCUCUCUUUCUCUCUCUCACUCUGGCUCUCUCUCUCUCUCUGGCGUUCACUCUCUCUGUCGUUUAUGCUCUCUCUCUCUCUCUGGGCUGUGCAGUGAGCUUGUGUUCAAGACAGGAAAGUGGGUGAGACUCUAGUCUGGACUCAUUGUCCCUGUUCCUAAUCAAAGGGUUCUGGCUACGUGAUUUUAGCAGCGCAGAGAAUAGCCAUAGCCAGCCUCCUUGGUGCCUUUCUGAUUUGAUGUAUUGUCUGAAUGACUAUUUAUUUCAGUGUUCAUUAAUACUGUCAGGGAGCAAGUUUUAGCUUGAAAGGUAGACUCACAAAGUAAUAAACAGCAGUAGUGGGUCAAUUUCCACGGCAACUGAAAGUAUUGAAGCGCAAGGCUAAACUUAGCUGUUUUGGUCCCGUAGCUACCACAUUGUAGCAGCGUGAAGUGAACCCACGCACAUGCACAGAUACCCUGUGUGACUGUGUGAGAGCAAAGUCUUGCAUCGGGCUCAUCGCAAUAUCUGCGGUGCUACUCGUUGCAACGUCAUAACACUGAGUCUACCUUUAAUGAAACUCAAUUUUGUAUGUGAAUGUCCAUUUGAUAUUCAAGCACAUUCACUGUAGAGCUCUGCAAGUGUCAGCUUUGUUAAUGACUUCUUUGUUCGGAUUUGGCAAAUCAAUGAAAUCAGUGAGAGCCAGGAUUGACGAAUGUGAUGCACCCACCUUUGUGUGUGAGGUCUACGACGUUUAAUGUAACGCCACACACUUCACCUGAGUUGACUCAGGCUUGCCUCUCUGUGAGCUGUUGAACACACUGACCAAGAAUACAAACAACUCUUUUGGGAAUACUCUGUGAAGUAGGUACAUGACUCCCCCUCACCCCCACGCCCCACCUCUUAGAGAGAAAAGAAUACAGUGGCUAGGUUUUGUUUGAGACAGUAGCAGUUUGAUCUGUUAGUGAUGUGGGACGAGUCUGGACUGGCAUGCAGUCGGCUGGUAGAAGCCUGUAUGCCACUAUAGACGGUGAGGGGAGGGGAGGGGAGAAGAGAUGGGAGGAGUUUAUAGAGGAGUCUAUCACCAGGCUUUCUGUCCGUCCUCCUCGCUCUGCACAAGCUUACGUGAGACUGGAGCCCCUAUGGGCGGCAUUCACAAUGGCACAAGACACACACAAUCAUACUCACAUGCACCACCAAGGCAUGUAUACAACCACAUACUGUGUACAUGCUCAGUUCACACCCACACUCAUACAGCUAUAAACUCAUGAACCUGACUUAAAACAUACUAUGCAUACAUACAAAUAUACCGCCUAUGUGUGCAUGUGACAUGCAUACUGUACACUCAAAAUAAACAGGCAUUUAUAGCUACCCCAAAUAUCAUACCAUUGAAGACUGUCCCACAUAAUGCCUCUUCUCCAUGACUUCUCUUUGACCUUUAUUCAGACACUUCCUCAGAUUGUCCUCAUGUAUACCAGUUUUCUCUCCCUCUUUCUCUUCCUUUCCCUCCCCCUUUCUCUCCCAAUUUCUCUCCCUCUUUCUCUCCCUCUUUCUCUCCCUUUCUCUCCCUCUUUCUCUCCCUCUUUCUCCCCCCUUCCUCUCCUUUCUCCCCUCCUACUUCUCUCUCUUCCUCCCCACUUUUCUCCCUCGGUUCUCCCCGUUUCUCGUUCGCUCCUCUGUCCCCUUUCCUACUUUCUCUCCCUCUUUCUCCUCCGUUCCUUUCUCUCCCUCUUUCUCCCCCUCUUUCUCUCCCUCUCUCUCCCUUUCUCUCCUCCUCUCUCCCUUCUCCAAUUCUCUCUCCCUUUCCUCUCCCUCUUUCUCUCUCUUUCUCUCCCCCUUUCUCUCCCUCUUUCUCUCCCAAUUUCUCUCCCUCUUUCUCUCCCUCUUUCUCUCCCUUUCUCUCCCUCUUUCUCUCCCUCUUUCUCCCUCUUUCUCUCCCUUUCUCUCCCUCAUUCACCCACCCUAUUUCCAUAUUUAUGCAUUUUGAACAUGAACAUACAACAUGUAUUGCUAUGUUAAUAUGUGAUUUUCUGAAAAAAAAACGAUUGUUCAUUUUGCACCAACUCCAAUAAUUAUCUGAAGUAAAAUAGCCCACAUUCUCUAUAUGGACACCAUUGGGGAUCUGUGUGUGUUAGCUCGGGAACUUAGGUGUAGUAAUCUGGAAAAAUAAUAACAUGACAUCUUAAUGCUCAGGUCUCAGAUAACUCUCGUUGUAAUUGGGCAUGUACUUAAAACUACUUAGUUAAUAUAGUUAAGUUUUAGUUGUGUACUUUAGUGUGGACAGACAACAAUAUUUCCAGAUAGAAAUAGAUAGAAGUAGAUAUUAAGGGCAGUUUGUUCUUCUAAGUAUUUGAACCAGUGUCUGCUAACCAUGUGUAUGUGACCAAUACAUUUGAUUUGAUUUGAUUAUGUAUCUUUUUAGAACUUCUAGGAAAUGUACUUACUCACUAUUGAUCAUGGGCUGGUACAUGGGUCCUAGUGGAUCAUUUGUGUGUGUGUGUGCGUGUGUGUGUGUGUGUGUGUGUGCGUGUGCGUGUGUGUGUGCGCGUGCAGGUUGACGUUUAUUGUUGGAGUCCUGGAGGCAGAACUGAGCGAUUUCCCCUUAGAUAGGCCAGCUGCAAAGUCAAAAUGUGCUAUAUUGUAAAAAUUCAUGAAAACAAAAAUGUGCUUUUUGGUCUUAAUUUAAGGUUAGGGUUAGCAGUGUGGUUAGGGUUAAGUUUAAAGACUUUGUGGCUGUGCCAGCUAGUGACCACUCUACAGAGCUGCCUCCAGAACAAGAUUGGUGAUGAAAAACGCUAACCUGUGUGUGUGUGCGUGUGCAUACGUGAAUGCGUACGUACGUGCAUAUGUGUGUGUGCAUAUGCCUGUGUGUUUGUGUCUUUUGGGCUGAAUGGGGAGCUCAUUUGAAGCGGAGGGAGGGAGGUUAACUGUCAGAGCAGAGAGGGUUGCUGUUUACGUAAUGGAAAAAUCACUCCACAAGAUUAACAUGAAACACAGGAAAUGCUCUCAAUUGAGCCUGAUUGGUGUGUGUGUAUGUGUGUGUGCGGCGUGCGAGCGUGCGUGCAAUGAUGCGUGCGUGUGUAAUAUAACAUGUCUAUGCCAACAUCCUGAGUAAAGGUCCUGACAGUGGUGACAGUAGUUACUGUUUAUUUACCAUAUGUAUACUCCUAUCAAGAAAGGAUUCCUUCCUCUCUUAACAUCCAUGUUUUUCUGUUUUGCCAGAAAUAAUCUCAGUUGGAGUUUGUUGGUUUGAAGCACACUUGAACAAAAGUUUGUUUUUGGAGUUUUGUCAGAUUUUAUUGAACUUAAUUUGUCUCAUUCAUGUUUUUAUUCAUGUUAGAUGUGGCCCGUGUUGGUACAUGGUAUGAUAUGUUAUCAGUAGUAAUGUCGACAUAGAAAUAUAUUGAAGUAAUCAUCUAUUUUAACUCCUCACCAACCCGCUUAAGACUCUUAAGAUAAUUUCCAAGCCUUUUUGGUUGUAGAUAGCACCGUUUUUUCUAAGAGUGCACUACUGUUAGUCGCUUUGGAUAAAAUAGUGUGCUAAAUGGCAUAUUAUAUAUGAUAUUAUUCAACAACGACAACAACAAAACCAGUUAAAGCAGCAACAUUGGCAUUGGCACCCAGGUUAUCUAAGUGUAACCGUCACAGGGUAUACUCAAUGAACUUCUUCAAAUUACUAUCAUUCCAUUAGCCCUCUUGAACACCUGCUGCUACACAUGGAGAGAGCACUGGUACACAGUGCUGUGCAAUAAAAUCAUUGAUCAUCGUCAUCAUCUAUUGUGCAGACUACAUCAAAUAGCUCAUUUAUGACUUGCUGGGUUAUUGGGUUGUAUUCAUUUUCCUUGCCGCAGGUAGGUCAUUUAUAGAACUGAAAUUAUUGGAAAAGGAAAUUGAAAAGGAAAUUGUUUUCAUGGUUAGCUUGACCUUAAAGCUAUACGUGCCUUUGUACUAAAAUGUCAAUUUGAAACCAUGGCUGUGUCCGAAAUCUGGCUUGCCUACUACUUACUUAAACUCCAUACUGUGUACUAAACCACAUAUUGUACUAUUUAAAAUGUACUGUUUAAUAAAAACGAAUGCAGUAAGCAACAAAUAUCAGCAUACUAGGCUCAUCCUACUCAUAAUGCCUCAUCUAAUGCUCAAUUGCAUUGAUUCCCGCCAUUGGUUCAUUUUGGUACAGCGCGACUCCUCAGCUGAUUAUCAGCUGUCGUCAGACACACCUGGAUCUCAAAAGACGAUUCUCUUCCUCAAUAGUGUGCAGCAAAUUCUACUAGAUGAAAAGUCUUUUUUUACAUUUAUUUUUUACAUACUAUAAAACUUGGCUGGAACCCGGUUACCGAGAUUUACUGGGAUUUACCGCCCAAAACCACUCCCUUUUCCCGGGAUAAAUAACUGCGAGAAACCAGUAAAUUAUAAUAAAUGAUUUAUAUGAACAGCAAGGCGUGAAAUGGAACUGUUGAAUUAUAUGCAAUGUCUAAAUCUGGCUUCUCUACGGCCUCUGCAUGAUGAAUCAACGCUCAGGGUGGGGACAGACAGCCCAUCUCAGUAUGGAGCAGUUCACAACGCAUGUAGACCUAUCAUCUUAUCAUAGUCUAUGCUACAGUAAUAUAAAGACCGAAUGCGCGUCUAAUUUAACCAUCUCCAUCUGGCUUUCGGGGGUCACGUUAUUAUUUUAUUGUAAAGAUUUAAAAAAUAAAAAAUUGCAGCUGCAGAGUUUUAAAAUCACUCAAAUAUCAUUGCUUUAAAUCAGUGAACGCGCGAGCGCUCUGCAGUCUUUCUCUCUCUCCAUCAACUCCAUUCAAAUUGCAUCCUAAAUAGAUAAUCCUGUUCUAGAUUGAUAUAUAGCCCUAUAUAUAGAUGUCCUAGCCUACCUAUUUCAGGUAACACAUUCAAUGCUGUAUUAGCCUUAUAUUUAGCUAAUUAAUGAUGGGUUAUGCAUAAUAAGCUUCCAACUACCCUCUGUCUCAUGCGCAAUAAGCAAGCACCUGUCUCCGCUGGCCACUCCUUCGAAAAUUACUCCUUAGCUCUUGGAGUCCCAUGCAGGAAAAGCUAGACUAGAAUAGCUUGCUGGACAUUAUUUUAUUUAGCAUUUCUUAUACCAAUAGACUAUUCGAAGAGGGAUGCAAGCUCUUGUUUGCUGAAUGUUAAGUACAGCGGCCAUUAGAACUGAAAGAAAAGCGAACGCGCGAUGGCAGUAGGCUAUAGCAGUUAUUUAUUCAGACCCAUAACCAUUCAAUCUUCGUUAAGAGAAGAGAACGCCUUCUGCAUCUAAUUCUAGUCCUAUAUUAUUCAAGGAUGUCAUUAGAAUGAUGAAGAUAAGGACAAUGAAACCAAUUUCAUUUAACUGUUGAAAGCUCAAAUAAGCAAAGAGAAACAACAGUCCAUUAUUACUGUCAUGAGCCUCUCACUCCACCGGGUUACCACCUUAAUUUUCUUCCACUCUGCUCACCACUCUCUCUACUCAGCCUAACUAGCUCCACCUGUCCCUGCUCUGCUCUGCUCUAAUUACUCUGCCAGCUGCGCUGCAUUACCCACUACCUCUCCCAGUAUUUAAGGCCCUGUCUUUCAGCUCUCCGGUGUCAGAUCGUCUGCAAAGCUCACACCCGGAACCUGUUUGCUCGCGCUUCUGGCUCACCCUGGUUUUGUGACCCCGGACCUGCCUGAUUUUUGGAUACUCUUCUGCCCCAGGAGAUCCAGACCUGCUUCUGCCAUAACGACUCUUGACUACUCUUCAAUCCCGGUAACUCUGACCAGCCUUCUGCCUUGCUACUACGUAUUUUGGAUUUCCCUUGAACUGUACUGCUGCCUUGUUUCAUUCCGCCCUGUUGUGUCUGUGUCUCCCCCCCCCCAGGACUUCUGGACCACCCACCACCGGCUUCAUAGGACGCAUCGCUGCCACUGGGGGGGGCACAGACCCAGCACAUUGGACGGGAUCCCUGUUACCCCUGGAGCCUUCAUUCACACCCUACUUCCCUUUUCCCUUAAGUUUUAAUAAACUUUCUGGUGUGACGCAAUUGUGGUCCUCUGGUCGUCUGUCUGAACCGUGACAAUUACUUUAAGACAUGAAGGUCAGUCAAUCCGGAAGAUUUCAAGAACUUUCAACGUUUCUUCAAGUACAGUCGCAAAAAACAUUAAGCGCUAUGAUGAAACUGGCACUCAUGAGGACCGUCACAGGAAAAGAAGACCCAGAGUUACCUCUGCAGCAGAGGAUAAGUUCAUUAAAGUUAACUGCAUCUCAGAUUGCAGCCCAAAUAAAUGCUUCACAAAGUUCAAGUAACAGACACAUCUCAACAUCAACUGUUCAGAGGAGUGCGUGAAUCAGGCCUUCAUGGUCGAAUCAAAUCAAAUCAAAUUGUAUUUGUCACAUGCGCCGAAUACAACAGCUGUAGAUCUUACAAUGAAAUGCUUACUUACAAGCCCUUAACCAACAAUGCAGUUUUAAGAAAAAUAAGUGUUAAGUAAAUAAUAGAUAAGUAAAAAAUACAGAGUCAAUGUGCGGGGGCACAGGUUAGUCGAGGUAAUUGAGUUAAUAUGUACAUGUAGGUAGAGUUAAAGUGACUAUGCAUAGAUAAUAAACAGAGAGUAGCAGCAGCGUAAAAGAGGGGGUGGGGACGACAAUGCAAAUAGUCCAGGUAGCCAUUUGAUUAGCUGUUCAGGAGUCUUAUGGCUUGGGGGUAGAAGCUGUUAAGAAGCCUUUUGGACCUAGACUUGGCGUGCCGGUACCGCUUGUCGUGCGGUAGCAGAGAGAACAGUCUAUGACUAGUGUGGCUGGAGUCUUUCACAAUUUUUUGGGCCUUCCUCUGACACCGCCUGGUAUAGAGGUCCUGGAUGGCAGGAAGCUUGGCCCCAGUGAUGUACUGGGCCGUACACACUACCCUCUGUAGUGCCUUGCGGUCGGAGGCCGAGCAGUUGCCAUACCAGGCGGUGAUGCAACCAUUCAGGUUGCUCUCGAUGGUGCAGCUGUAGAACUUUUUGAGGAUCUGAGGACCCAUGCCAAAUCUUUUCAGUCUCCUGAGGGGGAAUAGGCAUUGUCGUGCCCUCUUCACGACUGUCUUGGUGUGUUUGGACCAUGAUAGUUUGUUGGUGAUGUGUACGCCAAGGAACUUGAAGCUCUCAACCUGCUCCACUACAGCCCUGUCGACAAGAAUUGCUGCAAAGAAACCACUACUAAAGGACACCAAUAAGAAGAAGAGACUUGCUUGGUCUAAGAAACACAAGCAAUGGACAUUUGUUUUUCAACAGGACAAUGACCCAAAACACACCUCCAGGCUGUGUAAGGGCUAUUUGACCAAGGAGAGCGAUGGAGUGCUGCAUCAUAUGACCUGGCCUCCACAAUCACCUAACCUCAACCCAAUUGAGAUGGUUUGGGAUGAGCUGGACCGCAGAGGGAAGGAAAAGCAGCCAACAAGUGCUCAGCAAACCAUUCCUCAUGAAGCUGGGUGAGAGAAUGCCAAGAGUGUGCAAAGCUGUCAUCAAGGCUAAGGGUGGCUACUUUGAAGAAUCUAAAAUCUAAAAUAUGAGAAGGUGUGUCCAAACCUUUGACUGGUACUGCAAGUAAAAAUACUUUAAAGUACUACUUAAGUAGUUUUUUGGUGUAUCUGUACUUUACUUUACUAUUUAUAUUUUUUACUUUUACUUCACUACAUUCCUUAAGAAAAUAUUGUACUUUUUACUCCAAACAUUUUCCUUGACACCCAAAAGUACUUGUUACAUUUUUAAUGCUUAGCAGGACAGGAAAUUGUCAAAUUCACGCACUUUAUCAACAGAACAUCCCUGGUCAUCCCUACUGCCUCUGAUCUGGCGGACUCACUAAACACACAUGCUUCGUUUGUAAAUUAUGUCUGAAUGUUGGAGUGUGCCCCUGGCUAUCCUUAAAUUUAAAAACAAGAAAAUGGUGCAGUCUGGUUUGCUUAAUAUAAGGAAUUUGAAAUUAUUUAUAACUUUACUUUUACUUUUGAUACUUAAGUAUAUUUUAGCAAUUACAUUUGCUUUUGAUACUUAAGUAUAUUUUUAACCAAAUACUUUUAGACUUUUACUCAAGUAAAAUUUUUCUGGGUGACUUUUACUUUUACUUGAGUCAUUUCCUAUUAAGGUAUCUUUACUUUUACUCAAGUAUGACAAUUGGGUACUUUUUCUACCACUGGGUGUCCUUAAUGUUUUGUAUACUCAGUGUACAAUACUGUACAGUAAUACAGUUCACACUCAAAAAGAUUAGCCUACUGGAGCUAGUUUCAUUUAUUUACCCAAGAGAGCAAAUAGCUAGCUGCAUCUAUGGCUUUUAUGUUUUUCUGUCGUGGGUAAUGUGCAGUAGCCUAUAUCAUUAUGUAUUGGAUAACGGCACAAUCAUUUGGGCUUUUUUGGGCUUGGGCUCAUUAAAUGUCUUUAAUGUAGGGCUCAUUAAAUACAUUUUAUGUAUGGCUCAUGCUCAGGUAGCAUCAGGAUAUAAUGUUUUAUCAAAGCUCGAAUCAAAUCCUGACAUAGGCCUAUUUAUAUGCUUUAUAAUGCUUUUGAAUGACACUUCUUUGAAUUCUUGCAAUGUACACUAGAUACCAGAUGUUAUUACAUCAGCCCCGACUUUCACAGCAUAGUUGAGAUGCCAUAUUCAUACAUAGCUCCUUGGCAGGAAACUCUAUAGUGAUAUUACCUGUACUAAAUCAAUGUUUUAUAAGAAUUAAUGAACCCGACUAAACCUACCACAUGUCACUCCCAAGGAGAAUCAUGCAGAUUAUUGAUGUGUCCUUUUUAGGCCUCUCUGAAACAGAACAGUUGUAUAACGGCCACACACUCACACACACACACUCCCAGGUCGGGGAGGCUGUUUUGUGAAAACACCUUGGGCUGAAUGGCAUCUGUUAAAAGAUGUUGACAUAUUUUCAGCAAUCAACCAUCAAACCCUGACCCAACUGGUUUCAUGCCUCUCCCUGGCAUCUUUCAUCAGAGACCUCUUAUCUUCUCUCCUGUUCCUCUCCUCCCACCAUUUCGAACAGCACCCUCCAUCCCUCGCUCACUGCCCACGAUAAAGGAGAGGAGCGAUAGAGAGACACACGACUCUGUGUCUGUGGAACAGUGUGUGUGUGUAUGUGUGUGUGUGCGUAUGCGUGUGAGAGCGCAUACUGUAUGUGUGCCAAGAGUAGCCUCCGUAGUGCAGAUAGCUCCUCACAGUGCUCUUGGCCUCCAUACUGGGAAAGUCCUUUGGCAUUGUGUCUGUUCACUGAGUAUGAACACUAAGAGUAUAUUUGGCGUUGUGUCUGUUCACUGAGUAUGAACACAGAGUAUAUUUGGCAUUGUGUCUGUUCACUGAGUAAAAACACUGAGAGUAUAUUUGGCAUUGUGUCUGUUCACUGAGUAAAAACACUGAGAGUAUAUUUGGCCUUGUGUCUGUUUACUGAGUAAAAACACUGAGAGUAUAUUUGGCCUUGUGUCUGUUUACUGAGUAAAAACACUGAGAGUAUAUUUGGCCUUGUGUCUGUUUACUGAGUAAGAACACUGAGAGUAGCCAUGUCCUUUUCAGUAGAUUUUAUUGUACUCUUUACCCAAUAGAUUGACGACACAGUGACUUUUGAACUAUCUUUCUCUCCUCUCUCUCUGACAGAUUUAUACUCUUCUAUCCCUGACCUCUGACCUCUGACCUUUGUAACUGCUUCCCUCUGACCCCUCAGCCCUCAUGUUGUCUCUGUCUCUCCAGAGAUCUGAAAUUGGAUAACAUCCUGCUGGAUGCACAUGGCCACUGUAAGCUGGCUGACUUUGGCAUGUGUAAGGAGGGGAUCCUCAACGGAGUCACCACCACCACCUUCUGUGGGACCCCUGACUACAUCGCUCCAGAGGUAAACCUCUACCCUCCACCCUCUACCCUUCAUCCUCUACCCACUACCCUCUACCCUCUACAGUCUGACAGUAAACCACCCUUUCAUCUUGGACAGUCUGACAGUAAACCACCCAGUCACUUAUCUGGGACAGUCUGACAGUAAACCACCCAGUCACUUAUCUGGGACAGUCUGACAGUAAACCACCCACUCACUUAUCUGGGACAGUCUGACAGUAUUCAACCACCCAUUCAUCUUGGACAGUCUCACAGUACAUAAGUUACUCUCUCACAUGCUGUACUCUUUCAUUGACUCGACUCUUUACCCUCUACUCUGCUUCUCUCUCACCGUUUCAUUCAAACAUUUUUUCACUCAAUCCCUCAAUCACUCAAUCAAUCAAUCACUCACUCACUCACUCAAUCAAUCAAUCAAUCAAUCAAUCAUUCAUUCACUCACUCAAUCAAUCACUCAGUCAAUGACUCACUCACCCACUCACUCACUCACUCAAUCAGUCACUCACUCACUCACUCACUCAAUCAAUCAAUCAAACUCAUGUACUCAUUUGUUCUACUCCUUCUCUCACUAUAUCAUCCCUAAUGAGCUAGUGUCACAACUAUUCUGUUCCCCCUUACUACCAUAUUAAUCCUGCUGUAGUGUAGCUGGUGUUAGUGUUUCCUGUCCCCCUGUGUGUUUUAGAUCCUAUAGGAGCUUUUGAAUGAGAUGGUGUUACAUUGUUUCCUGUCCCCCUGUGUGUUUAGAUCCUACAGGAGCUAGAAUAUGGCCCCUCUGUGGACUGGUGGGCUCUGGGGGUGCUUAUGUACGAGAUGAUGGCUGGCCAGCCUCCCUUCGAAGCCGACAAUGAGGAUGACCUGUUUGAGUCUAUUCUCCACGAUGAUGUCCUCUACCCAGUGUGGCUAAGCAAGGAGGCAGUCUCCAUCCUCAAAGCGGUCAGUGACCUACAGUAUACCUACCUGUCCUAGUCUGCCUGUAUCUCUCACUAUCCCUCUUUUUAAAAAAUCCUAUACCACCUCCUCUUUCGAUCUUCCUCUCUCUCCCACUCAUUCUUUGACUUGUUCUUUAUCAGCCCCCCUUUCCUCCCCACACCUUACCUUAUUGUCGUCUCCUCCUCCUCUUCCUCCUCCUCCCGCUGUCUCUCACUCUCUCUCUCUCUGUCUGUCUCUGGUGAGGUAGUAAAGUGGUGUUCAGCGAUUAGCAGAGUGAGGAGCAAGGAUGAGCAAGGCUGGGUGGAGUUAGUUCAGGCUGAGUUCAGAGAGCCACAGUGGCUGUGCAGUGCUGUGUGGGCUGGGGAGAGAGGCCUGGGAGAUAUUACACUUCAUGUGGGAAAAGAACAGCCUGUUUGUGUUCUCUGGUGGUUUCUGGGCUUGUGUAAUCGCACACUCGGGGAGGCGGGGUGGGCUGCCCCAGAAUUCAGAGGGUCCUCCUCUUCCAAGAACGCGGCCGGCUUUCUGUGUGUGUGUGUGUGUGUGUGUGUGUGUGUGGUGGGGGGGAUGGGGGGGCAUAAUAUUUGUUAGUGUGCUUGAGUGUGGAUGUGAAUUACGUGCUUUUUCGUUUGUGUCCUGUUUGCUGGUGUGUAUGGACAUUGUGUAAUUCUAUAUUUGUGUUUUAGUGUUGCAGGAUAUUCCUGUGAGUGUGUGAGUUUGUGUGUGUGUCCCUAGUUCCUGUGUGAUCUUUUUUCCAUCACAAGUCCUGCGUUUACUUUGGCUGUCCCCUGCCUGUUUGCAAAGCCUUGUGGGAAAGCAGGCAUGCUUGUCUUGGACUGGCACGUGUCACUCUGUGAUCAGUCUCACUGGCACUUUGGUCACAUUACCCGGCCCAGUGGUCCUAAUGGUCAUAUCUGGCCGCUAGAUUCUCGAAAUGACCACUGGCCUCUUAACGAUGACCACAGAGCAGAUCACUAAGACCACUCUGCACCACUUGACCAUCUCAACCCCUCACUCUUGCACCUCCAUUUCUCUCUUCCUAACAUUUACUUCCUCGCCCCAUGCUCCCAAGGGGGCCAAGAGGAUUAAGUCAAGUACAUUUAUUUUCCUUCCCCCUUUAUUCAUCUGCCUGUUUUCCUGUCCUGUAGUUCAUGACAAAGAGUCCAAACAAGCGUCUGGGUUGUGUGAUCACCCAGGGCUUGGAGGAAGCCAUCAAGGUUCAUCCCUUCUUCAAGGAGAUCGACUGGGUUUUGCUGGAGCAGAAGAGGGUCAAACCACCCUUCAAACCUCGCAUUGUGAGUAGCACCACACUUAUAGCUCAGACCAUGUAGGGUGAAGUUGCCCGUAGAUGCUGAUCUUGGGUCAGUUUAGCAUUUUAAGGUUAGGAUUGGGGAAGAGGAAGCUGAUCCUAGAUCUGCACCAAGGGUCAACCUUACCACGGAGUGUGUCUGAGCUCUUAGGGAACAUACCUUACUGUAUGUUUUAGGGCCCCUACUGUUCCACCCUCACCAUUAUUAACCCCUAACCUUCAACAUGGAAAUAAGUCGUAGACUUUUAUAUGUUUAUCCUCUGUUACGCUUAACCAAGUGUAUAGUUUAGUAUUUGUACCUUGUUUUUAAUUGAUCAAAUAAACUAAACUAAGAUCGUAAAUAUCUCCAAAGUUCCAAUCUCGAUAGCGCGUUUGGAACUCUGGGUCCUAACUUUAGUAUGCCCCAACUAUAGCGCUAGGCCACCAUUGUGUGUUUAUCUGUGUUACUACAGUAGUUGCCUCUCUUUUACCAUGCUCCUUUGCAUGUUUGUGCAACAAUCAGCCUCUGUAGGGGAGGCCUGUGUCUGUGCCAUACAAACAUGAACUUACACUGCCGUACAGAUGUAGGAUCUUAAUUUGAUCAUCUUGUUGCAGGAGAACUUUCCUGCAAUGCAGGACAUUUUUUACUUGUAGUGUAUUUGAGGUUUUAAAAGGCUUCUGAAGUUUGUAAUUUCCACUUAGAAAUGUCAGACUUGAUUUUUGCUUAAGAUUUUUUUUUUUUACUCCUACAAAAAUGUCCAUUAAUUUCAAUCCACAUAAUAAUUCACAUUUCCUGUGGCUGCAGCAAUAUUUUCCUGCUGUAGAAAACAGGCUUAGAUGAUGAUCCUACAUCAGUAUUCCUGUGUGUGUAUAGUGUAAAGAUAGAGAGCUGCGGAAUGGGCUGGGUAUGAGGUAUUAUGAAAUGCCUGAAGGGGUGUGAGGGGAAGGGUCCGUCCUGUUCCCAUGUAUACAGAGAGGGGACGACAAGCGCCUCAAGAAUCACACAACGUGAAUGAGAGAAUUGGGGGCAUGAAAGAGAGGUUCUGUGAUCACUCCAUCCAAGUCUAAAUGUCAAUCAGCCUUGUUUUAGAAUGACUUUAUCAAGGAAACACAAACAACAGUCAAUCCAUAUGUGACACUAAUUCACUAGUAAUAACACUAUGACUGUCUUUAUAAAUGUUUUCAGAGGUCUAAUUCUUUGGCAGUCAUCAUCCUGUUUUUCCUUACUAUCUGACCCUUCUACUUCCCUUCCUUCCUGCUCCUGUACAGAAAACCAAAAGGGACGUGAACAACUUUGACCAGGACUUCACUCGUGAGGAGCCUGUCCUCACCCCUGUAGAAGACGCCAUUAUUAAGCAGAUCAACCAAGACGAGUUCAAGGGUUUCUCCUACUUUGGAGGAGAGGAGACUCUGUCCUAAGGCCUGCAAACACACACACACACACA